UUUCCCUCCCUCCCCAGUCCCCCCUCUCUCUCGCUCUCUCUCUCUCACACACACACGUACACAGUAACUCGUGUAACAUUUUCUCUCUCUAGAAUUUUGAUUUAAGCGUUAAUUCCGUGAAUUCUGGUGAAGAUUUUUCGGACGUACUUUUCAAAUCCGUGAUACUAUUGGAAAACUUCUUCUAGAAUCUUCAAUUUCUUCUCUGCUUAUUUCGAGCAAAUUUUCAGAUUGAUUUUCUCUCUCAAUUCUGCUCGUGCAAGUUGAAGAAAAAACGUUGAUUUCAAAUCGGUGUUCGACUGUAGCUUUCCAUUUCUCUACAGUAGCGAGUAAACUGACUUGGAUUUGUUGCUUUCGACGAAUUUAGCGUGGUGGAGGAUUGGGGAAAGCAUUUUGUGCUUGGUGGUUUAGUUUGCAUUCGGUGUUCGAAGGCGGCGAGAUCUGCUGCGGAGUUCGGAAUUCGAAUUUGAUCGUGUUUUUCCGAUUCAUACACUGCCGUUUUGGGAACAUAGUUCAAAACAUUAAAGAUUUGCCAGCAUUGCAACAUCUCCUCGUUAUUUUGAAUAUUGGAAGACAUGGGGUUUGGCUCGGCAACAAUGUUAGAGACGGCGAACACUUUGUCAACCUCUGAUCACCUUUCAGUCAUCUCAAUAACUUUGUUUGUCACGCUCCUUUGCGCAUGUAUUGUGAUUGGUCAUCUAUUGGAGGAAAAUCGGUGGAUGAAUGAAUCUAUCACAGCCCUCGUAAUUGGUGUCAGCACCGGAGUUGUAAUUCUACUAAUAAGUGGAGGGCAGAGCUCACGUCUCUUGGUGUUCAGCGAGGAUCUUUUCUUCAUUUAUCUGCUUCCACCAAUCAUCUUCAACGCUGGGUUCCAGGUUAAAAAGAAACAGUUCUUUCGCAACUUCUCCACUAUAAUACUGUUUGGAGCACUUGGUACCUUGAUAUCCUUCAUUGUCAUAUCACUAGGUGCUAUCGCCGCCUUUCGGAAUCUGGAUAUUGGUCUUGCAAUUGGAGAUUAUCUUGCAAUUGGAGCAAUUUUUGCAGCAACGGAUUCGGUUUGCACGUUGCAGGUGCUCAGUCAGGAUGAAACACCAUUGCUGUACAGUCUAGUAUUUGGUGAAGGCGUUGUGAAUGAUGCAACAUCUGUUGUGCUUUUCAACGCAGUGCAAAACUUCGACCUAUCUCAUAUCAAUACCGCUGUAGCUUUGAAGCUAGUGGGAACUUCUUUUAUUUGUUAUCACAAGAAACAGAGUCAAGCCUGA